GCGAUGAGGAUGGAGGCAGGUGAAAUGGAGAGAGAGAGAAUGGAAAUACACAAGUCUUCUGAUUUAUUAUGAAGCAGGUGUGCCGGAACUUAAUACACAUCGGACUCAACAAAGGAGAAAUCGUGGAUUUGCGGUGAUGUGCGGUAUGAACCUAGUCCGCAUUUUACUGUAUGAGCUCCAGCAUCCGAGUGCACGCGCGAUUUUACAAUUGGAAUUGUUUGACAAAAUCAAAAUGCGAUCUUUUUUGUUUUUUAGUGAGCAUUUAUUGAUUUGUAUAUCGUGCAUUGCGUGCACGUACGGUUUUUAAAAACUUAGUAUUUGGGACAAAAUCAAAAUUUCUACCCCUUGUGUGGGUUUGGUACAAUCUUUGGGUGAUUUAUCGCCAUUUAUACCCGCCCGUUUUCAUCUGGAGUUUAUAAGUUGGCGCGCAUAAACAUUUAUACUAGAUAUAACAUAAAAAUUACUUUAUUUAACAUAAUUGUUUAGCAGCAACAAGAAACGCAUUCGUAUAUUUUAGUAAUUUUAACGUAGUGUUAACACCGUUUUAAUGCAGUGAACAUUCGUGCCGAUGGGGAUUGAGGACAUGAGCAUGAGGAACGGCCGGACUUUGUCCGAUCAGUGGGCGGACAGUGUGGUGGUCCGACCCCGGACUACCGAACAGCACAUCACGGUGCACAAGAGACUCGUGCUGGGCUUCGCCAUCUCCAUCCUCACCCUCAUCAUCGUCACUGUCAUCGCCAUCACGCUCAGCGUCAGCUUCGAGAGAUGCGCCGCGGAGAUCAGCGGGACUCUGCUCGGUAACGGGUCUAGUAACAGUAAGUCCAAUCAGUCCCGGGACAGAAACGGGAUCAGUCACAGAGAAUCAGAAGAUGGCCAGCAGCCGUGGAAACAUCUGCGCUUACCGGGCACCCUGCGCCCUCGACACUACGACCUCAGACUGUCCGUGUACAUGGAUAAUUUCACUUUCUCCGGUCAGGUGAACAUUGAGUUUGAAUGCGUUAACUCCACUAAGUUCAUCGUGUUGCACACAGACAGACUGGAGGUGAAUAAAGUGCUGGUGUAUUCGGACGCUAAGAAAACAGGCGUCAUGAGGAUCCACCGACGCUUUCACUAUCCGCCCAACCAGAUGUAUGUGGUCGCGCUGCACAGAGAGAUGAAGCCACUCAGAACAUACAAGAUCAACAUCACAUUUGAGGCACAGAUUGAAAAUGAACUCUUAGGAUUUUUCCGCAGCUCAUACGUGCUACAUGGAGAAAGAAGGUAUCUUGCUGUGACACAAUUCUCACCCACUCAUGCCCGAAAGGCCUUCCCGUGUUUCGAUGAGCCUAUCUAUAAAGCCACAUUCAGAGUGAGUUUGAAACACGAAAGUUCGUAUCAGUCCCUGUCCAACAUGCCAGUAGAGGCGUCCACAUCGGACACGGAUGGAUGGGUGACCAACCAUUUCUCCAGGACUCCCCGCAUGUCCACAUACUACCUGGCUUGGGCGGUGUGCAACUUUACCUACAGAGAAGCAGUAACAGAUAAUGGAGUAGUGAUUCGGCUGUACGCCAGACCCGAUGCCAUCCAGAGCGGAUCAGGGGACUACGCUCUGCACAUCACCAAGAGACUCCUGCACUUUUACCAGGAUUACUUCAAAGUCAAAUAUUCCCUCCCUAAACUAGAUCUGCUGGCAGUUCCCAAGCAUCCGUAUGCAGCUAUGGAGAACUGGGGUCUGAGUGUGUUUGUGGAGCAGAAGAUCUUGUUGGAUCCUGACGUCUCAUCUUUCUCCUAUCAGAUGGAGCUCACCAUGGUGGUGGUACAUGAGAUCUGUCACCAGUGGUUUGGAGAUCUGGUCACACCAGUUUGGUGGGAGGACGUUUGGCUUAAGGAGGGAUUUGCUCAUUUCUUUGAGUACAUUGGGACCGAUUUCCUCUUUCCAAAGUGGAACAUGGAGAAUCAGAGAUUUCUGACUGAUGUACUACAUGAGGUGAUGUUAUUGGACGGUUUGGCCAGUUCUCAUCCAAUCUCUCAAGAAGUGUUUGAAGCCACAGACAUCGACAGGGUGUUUGACUGGAUCGCAUAUAAGAAGGGAGCCGCUCUGAUCCGUAUGUUGGCUAAUGUCAUGGGACAACCGGUAUUCCAGAGAGGACUUAAUGAUUACUUGAUGACGCACAUGUACGGAAACGCAGCGAGAGAUGACUUGUGGAACAAAUUGUCAGAGGCCAUGCAGAGGGAGGGGAAGGACAUCAACAUUACAGAGGUCAUGGACCGCUGGACACUGCAGAUGGGCUACCCUGUGGUGACAAUCAGCAAGAAUGACAGUCUUGACAACACUGUCACCAUCUCCCAGGAGCACUUUAUUUAUGACACAGAUGCCAAGAUCAGAGAUCCUGAGCUCUUCAACAAAAGCUUUCAGUGGCAAAUCCCCUUGACCAUCACUGUGGGAAACUUAAGUCACAUAUCAACAGAAACCACCAUUUGGGUCUGUAACCAUACAGAGAUACACCGAGUGGGUCACAUUGACCGGGAGACCUGGUUGCUGGGUAACAUCAAUCAAACAGGCUACUUCAGAGUGAAUUAUGACCUCCACAACUGGAGACUUCUUAUUCAACAACUGAUGACCAACCCAACGAUCAUCUCUGUGGGCAACAGGGCAGGUCUGAUAGAUGAUGUCUUCAACUUGGCAAGAGCGGGCUAUCUGCCCCAAAACAUCCCCCUGCAGAUCAUCUCAUACUUGUCUCAGGAGAGCGAGUUUCUCCCCUGGCACGCUGCUAGUCGAGCUCUUUACCAGCUGGACAAACUACUGGACCGCACUGAAGACCACAGUCUCUUUAGUGACUAUGUGCUGAAACAGGUGUCACCGAAAUAUCACAAGAUGGGUUGGCCGACCUCUUUCUCUGAUGGAUCCUUCAUGCAGGCUGCUUAUCAGACUGAAGAGUUACAGAGAGAGGUGAUCAUGCUGGCCUGUAGUUUUGGAAACAAACACUGUCACCGACAAGCAGUGUCUCUUAUUUCAGACUGGAUUUCCAGCAACAAGAACAGGAUUCCACCCAACGUGCGGGACAUUGUGUACUGCACAGGCGUCUCUCUGAUGGAUGAAGACGUGUGGGAGUUUAUCUGGAUGAAGUUUCACUCCUCCACUGCCGUCUCUGAGAAGAAGAUUCUUCUGGAGGCCUUGACCUGCAGUGAUAACAUCUUCCUGCUCAACAGACUCCUGAAUCUGUCUCUCACCUCUGACAUGGUGCCAGAUCAAGACAUGAUCGAUGUCAUCAUACACGUGGGCCGCAAUCCACUGGGAAGACAUUUAGCAUGGAGAUACUUCAGAGAGAAGUGGGAUAUAUUGAAUUCCAGGUAUGGAGAAGCUUUAUUUAUGAACUCAAAAUUAAUCAGCGGUGUGACAGAGUUUCUCAACACAGAGAUGGAGUUGAAUGAGUUGAAAGAGUUCAUCCUGAUCAGCGGUGGAGGAGCAGCACCUGCGUUUGCUCGCGCCGUUGAGAUCGUUCAAGCUAACAUAAAAUGGAGGACGCUGUUCGAGCAACAGUUCUACCAGUGGCUGCGAAAAGCUCCUGACGGUUUACACAACAUUAGGCACGAAACACGCCAGUAGCUUGGAAACCAGACAUUUACAAACCAGUAACUUGUGGAGACUUAAGUAUUUAAAAAAAUAAAACUUAAAUUUGGGACCAAGAGAAUCUGGAGAAUUAAGCUUUUAUUUCUCUGCUGUCUAUGAAACAAGCCCAUGAACAAGACCAAGACAAAAGGAUUCAAAUGGAAAAGCUCACAACCAGAGGAAAAAGAAAGAAUGAAACUGGCGUGUUUAAAACAAAAACAUCUUUUAAUUUUUACAUUUGAAGCUCUGGAUUCAUAUGCUUUACCAUGUUUGAUAUUCAUUAGGUAAAAUGUUACUGGUGCCAUACCCACACAGGACUCUCAUCAUACCAUUUCUGUACCAUUUGGCCCCGACAGACUUGUUUUUUGCUUUUUACAUUGGAUGGAGUCAGUUUAUAGACAGCAUCAUUCAGUGUUAACAGCCACAAUGACUUAAGUCCCUGCUGAGAGAAUGACCCCAACAAGAUCUGGUCCAAUCUAUUCAAGACCACGCUGAAGAAAUGCCUUUGUCCUGCAUGGAUCUAGUCCAAAAAUGGCAAAACCACAUAUCGAAUGCCAGCUGGUAUCCAUGGUGAUUAUAUAAGCGGUUAUUUUCUGCUGUGGUUCUCCUACAAUUACAUGACUCAUAUAAAAUAAGUAGGCAGAGGCAGAAAUUAAAAAUAUUUUUCUCGCUGAAGCUGCACAUGAUCAUAUACUUUCUCUUGCAAGUUUCAAAAGGAUAAAUUGAUACUGAAUCGAACUGCAUACUUAUUCAUUCAUGUUUGUGUGGAACUCUGUUCAUAAUAUGCCAUAUUUCAUGUUGUUUUGCUGCCAAACUGGGACGUUUAAAUGCGUGACCGGGUAAGGCAGUCAUUUUGUCUACUACCCAUUCUCAAAAUCAAAAGAAGAAAUGAGAUAUUGCAGCAAAAACAUAAAAAUCCUUGACCUUUAUCAAGUUGUUUAAAGGGAUCGUUCAACCCAAAAAUUAAAAUUCUGUCGUCAUUUACUUUGUUGAACAUGAAGGACCAAACCGAUCAUUCCUUAAAAUAUCUUCCUUUGUGUUCAUCAGAACAAAGACAUUUAUACAGGUUUGUAACAACAUGAGAGUGAGUAAAUGAUGACACAAUUUUCAUUUUUGAAUGAACUUUAAGUGUGAUGGACAAGUGUAACGUUGACCUAACACAACCACCACAGCCCUGUACCACCUCAAGGCAGAAAAUCACGGAGCACAACAGCGCCGCCCUGCUGAUCAACACACUCAAUGCACACAUCAGAUUCAUUCUACAAUGACUGCUGCUUUGCUGAGGUGGAGAAAAAGACCUUUAGAUUUCAGUGAUAUGCUGUUUGCUUUCCUUGCACAAUACACAGUAUUUUUCUUGACUCUUAUAUUUUGUACAAUAUCAAAUGAGGCCAUAUCUACCCUGAUCGGACAGUUAAAUAAAGAUGACUGUAGGUAAAGCGUGAAUCCAGAACAGGUCCUUGUCAUUUCUGCAACAUUUAAAAAACAUUUAAUUCUGCUGAAUAUAAGUUGCCUAAAUUUAUACUGAAUUAAAGGCAAUUUAUAUACAGUUGUUAUAUAGGCCAAUUCAUAAAAUUCACCUAAAUAUGUAUAUAUAUAUAAAUAUAUUUGUACAGUUCUGUAUAAUAGUACACAUUUUUAACUUAAGAAAAUUACUUUGAACUAAUUUCCCUUUUGUUACCAUUUUAAAGAUGUGUUGAUGCAGAUGGUUUGUCGACAAAGUGAGUUUAUUAUGGUAAAGUAAUUUUUUAUCUGUUUGUUUUGCGCAUUACCAAUGUCUCUUUGUAGAUUUGAUUACAGGUGAUGUGGAAAAAUGUGAAGUGAUCAAACAAGCCAAAAAUAACUGCGAACAGUGCCUUUUCUACCUCAAUCAAUCUCAUAUUAGAAAGACUGACAGUGCCUUGAAUAAACCUGUCAUGAGAAUACACAUGAUUUGAUGUCUGAUUUUUCACACGUCAGAUACUGUGUGUCUUACAUCACUGAUGCUCUAAAAGAAGGCUGUGCAAGUAUGUGAAAACCAGAAACCUAUAUACUACAGCUGUCAAAAUCUAGUCGUACAAUAAAACAGGUAUUCAGCAUCAUUCAGACACUGAUCUUGAUGUUAUUCCCACCACUGCAACAAAGGAAAGCAAGAGAAGGGGAUGUGAUCUUUUAGAAAGGAUGAUACAGUCAACCAAAAUAAAACUUCUGUGGUGGACAUUUUAAAUGCCUAAAUAUUUGCUCAAAUAAUUUGUAUAUUUUGUGCAGCUUUACAUCUGACAUUUUUUUCAUGUUUAAGUGCUAUAAUUGGAUCUACAGUGCUUCUCCUACCAACCUAGAAAAUGUGAAAACUUUGCUUUGGUAAACCAUUCUCUGCAUGCAUGUGCGAUAUAAGGCCGUUCAGAUUUUGCCUGUUUUGUGAGGUAGGUAGCAAGUCCAAUUACAAUAAUAUCGCCCCAUAAUCUGCACUAUCCAACCACGGCACUGCCAUUUAGUGCAGAAAGAAAGAAAAAGUAAUUGACAGCAAGACUGAGUUUCAG